GCGCUGACGCGCGGGCAGACAAACGGGCGCGCCUGGCGCUGCGCUUGCGCGCGGGGCACGCGCAGGGCACGCUGGCCCGACUGCUCCAAUGUGGACUUGUCAGCGGCGACGGCGGCCCGGCCGAGACGCGGGCCCCGCGGGCAGGGCUCGCUGGCAAACUUCGGGGCGAGGAGGUGGUCGUCCUCGACGCCUUCGCGCGCCGCGGCCGUCUUCGGUGCGACGUGGCACCCGUAGUCCAAGGCUCUGGGAAGGGCGCCGCUGGCGGCGCGCACGUGCUCAACGCGCGCGACCCCUGCGGCGCCCGGCCUCGCGCUCUCGUGGAAUACGCGCAGAUGUUGCAGUCCUUCCGCCACGCCCUCGCCGGCGCGAACGCCGCGGCGCCCGCGCGCCAGCGGCCCGCGGCGCCGGCCCUCGUGAUCCCGGAAUCCGCAGACGAUCACGCCCGGCAAUUCCGGCACAGGGUCGCGCGCCAGCAGGGGGAAGCCGCGCUGCAGCCGAGCGAGGCGUCGCGCAGCGGGCGCGGCGACGACGUCGGGCAUCCACGCUAUUUCCCAGUGACCGAAACGGACGUGGUGCGCGUCGCCCUUGACGCGAUCGUCAUCCGCGGCAACGCGGCGGAGGGCGGGCAGAAGGAGGGCCGCUGUUACGUGACUGGGAGGUUCCUGGCGAGAUUCCUCUCCUGCCUGAAUGACACGCUGAACUUCCGCGAAUGCCGUCGGCAGCUGAUCGGGGAGUACGUCGCCGCCGCGCGCGGCGCGGAGGCGGGCUUGAGCGAUGGCGACGCGCGGGCCGCCCUCUUCAACAUCGCUUUCGCCCUUCCCAGGCGCAAGAUGUUGGGCGCGAUCGCCCUGCGCGCCUUCUCCGCCCCGAUUUCGCGGAGAGUGUCUGAGAUGCGGCGCCUGCAGAGUCCCCGCAACGGCUCCGGGCUGCGCGUGGGCGGCAAUUUCAAGCCGGCGAAGAAGAUUUGGAGAGGUGCCGGCAAGGCCCGCCAGAAGCCCUUCAUUUGCGUGCUCGGCAUCUGCGGGGCGGACGGAUCGCCCCCGCUGCCUGUCGCCCCCGUCCGCGGGGAGGCCUCGGUGGACAUCGAGCGCGCGCUGCAGCCUCGGCUCGCGGACAUCGUCUCCGCUCGCCAGGCCGCCGGCAUGUCCUUGGAGGACGCGUGCCCUGCGUUCGUCAGCACCGACUCCUACAACAAGCACUUGAAGAAGUACGCCGACGCGGUGGACGAGGCGUGCCAGCUUGCCCGGGUGCGGACGGCUGGCGCUACUCCGCGCGGCCCAGUCGCCGCGCGCGGCAUAGUCGCGCCGUCCGUCGGCGUGCUC